AUGGCGAGCUCCUACUCCUUCCCGCUGUUUAAGCCGGAGGAGAUCGUGCCGGCGCUGCACAGCUACGGCAUCGCGCCCAGCCCCAACCUCUGCGCCGAGGACGUCGUCUACCCUCAGCCCGGCUUCGUCGCCAAGCGACGAGCCCGACGAGCAGCUACAGUCCAGGCGCUGCAGUUCCGGGACCUCAAUCUCCGCGACCUCCUCCGCGCCGACGGCCCCCGUGUCGUCGACAUCCUCAGCGCCCUCAUCAACUAUCUCCUCUUCAGGCAGGAGAAGCUCACCUUGCUCCAGCCCAUCGUCCAAGAGUACGGCGCGCCUGAUGAACGGCACACGGAGCUCAGGGCUAAGAUCGCCGAGCUUACGAAGGCGAAAGAGGACCAUCUGCUUAAGGAGCAGAUGGAGGCACCCAUGGUCCAGCAGCUUGAAAAGGAGGUCAAUGCCCUCAAGCAGAGGCUUCAUGAUUACAACAGAGAGCAGCUGUCGCUGCGCGUUGCAUCAAAAGCCUUGGACGAAAAGAAAGAGGAGACACUAAGGAAGAUCAACCAGGCUGAUUUUGAGUUGGUGAAAGCUAUGCAAGAAAAGGAAAAGCUAUCAGCCAAAAUUGUCCAUUCCCCUGAAAAGCUCCAGAGGAACCUUGAGGAGAAGAAAGCAGUCCGUGAUGAGUUAAAGAACUUAGAGAAGAUGGCAAUGCAGAAAAUCCAAGAGAAAACCGAUACUCUUGAGAUGUAUACUAAGGUUUCUGAGAAACUAGCGAAGCAUCUCUCUAAAAUUUCUGCUGUACUUGAAAAAAGCGCUGCUGCUAAAGCUUCUGAGAAGGAUGUUAAAGCACACAAAGAGAAGACCAGUGAUCAAAAUUUGGAGAUAAAGGCACUUCGCAAUAAAGCUGCUGAAUGGGAAAUGAAAGUACUCGAGAACGAGGCCAAACUGAAAGCAAAGGAGAAACAAAGGGAUCAAAGAGUUGGAGAGAACAAUUGGAAGAUGACUGCAUUGAAAUAUGAAGUUGAAUCGGAGCACAAGUGCCUUGAGGAGAAACAAAGAAAAAUAAAGGAAAAGAUUGACAAGCCUUUUCUCCAGGCUAAGAUGUACAUGGAUGGCUUGGAUCAAUCCUUCGACGAGACUGAUGAAGCUGCAGUGAUGUUGAACACUAUAGCCCAGAGUGGCGCUUGA